ACUGAUUUUAAUGUUGCAUUAUGCUUUUAGCUCCUUUUGUUCAUCUACAUGAAAACCAACUUUAUUCAACAUAUUCCAUAUCUGGAUCUUCUUCAGGACUUGAGGGAGGUGCCCCCCCCAAUACUGGAAUUGGUUGUCGAAGAUCCCCCAAUGCAGGAAUUGGUUGCCAAAGAUCUUCACGGCCAUGAGUGGCGCUUCACGCAUACUUUCGAAAGUCAAUCAUGCAGGCACUUACUUACAACAGGAUGGAGUACUUUCGUCGCUUCAAAGAGACUAGUUGCUGGUGAUUCCUUUGUAUUCUUGAGAGGGGAAAAUGGGGAGUUGCGUGUUGGAGUUAGGCGUGUUGCUUGCCCACAAAGUAGUAUGCCAUCAUCAGUGAAUCCAGGUCAGAGCACGUACCUGGAAGUGCUUGCAACUGCAUCUCAUGCUAUUGCAACCCAAACCCUCUUUGUCGUCUAUUACAAACCAAGGACGAGUCAGUUCAUCAUCAGUGUGAAUAAAUAUCUAGAGGCUGUCAACAAUAAGUUGGUAGUAGGCAUGAGGUUCAAGUUGAGGUUUGAGGGAGAGGAUUCUCCUGUGACAAGGUUUAUAGGCACCAUUAUUGGGGCUGACGACUUUUCUCCUCACUGGAAAGACUCAAAAUGGCGAUCGUUCAAUGGGAUGCACCUGCAACUAUCCCAAGACCUGACAGGGUUUCACCAUGGGAGAUAGAACCAUGGUUUGGUAUUUAUCUAGAAAAUUCUUCUGCAAGCUCAAUUCCAUUGAAACAAGCACUGGUGAGUAUAAUUGUGAGUCUAUUAAGUAAUUUUACUGCAUUAUUAAAUAAUUAAAUUUUUU